UUGGCUUAACGCUGACACGUGGUAUUAUAUCACCCAGACCCCUUGGAUAUUUUCACGGCCGAAGACCUGUUGAAGAUGGCGCUCGCGCUCUCUUUGCGCGCUUUUCUUGUUUUGUUGUCGCUUUUUAUUUCCCCACUAAACGGUCAGAUCCCUAAGAAAGAAAAAUACCAUGCUAUAAAAGAGGACAUCCCUUAUAUCAGAUGCGAGACUUGCCAAAAGGCGGUGAAAUAUUUAUAUGGGAAAACGCAAGAGAUGCGAGACGAUGACGCGACAAAAAGGCUUGAAGAAGAUAAAGUGAUUGAUCUAGUAGAGAAGUCAUGCAAUCCAGAUAAUGAGGAAGGAAGCUGGAUCUCAAAAAUAGAUCUCCUUGAAAGGAAUGGAGAAUUAAGGCUUUCUGAGCAGAGCAAUGUUGGAAAAUGUAAACGAGAAUGUCAGACUGUUUCAAAAGCUUGUGAAGAGUCUAUAGCAGAGGUGGACACAGAUCUUGCUGAACUGCUAUGGAAAGACAAGUUGACAUUGUCAAAACUGAUCAAUGAAGUUUGCUAUUCGUUGUCUAGUGCAUGCACGGGUAAGAGACCCAAGCUCAAGGCUGGAGAGAGGAAGAUCAAUGAAGACUUCAGUGUUAUGACAGAAGAUGAGAAGAAGGCAGAUGACAUCUUGAAACAAAUGAGGGGGAUCCCAGGAAUGCCAGGCAUGGAAAUGUAUUCUCGAGAGGACAUUGAAAAGAUGCGUGAUCAGCUUGGUGCUCAUCAAAAGGACACUGAAGAGGAAGAGGUCCUGGACAGUGAAGGAAACCUUUUCCACGGAGAGGAAAUUAGCUUCUUUCAAACAAUUAUGAAUGGCUUAGCAUGGCUUUGGUCUUGGCUAAAAGGCAUUUUUGGAUUUAGAAAAGGCACAUCUAGAGAAUUAAACACGAUGAAGCCCACAGUCAAAUGGCCUUUGGAUAUGUCGCUUAUGGAAAGAUUAUCCUGGAGAUUCCAGAGUGCUGUUGUUAUUGGUUUGGUCGGUCUCUCAAGUAAAAUAUUUUUGGAGUGGUUUAACUUUGUCAGAAAGUACAAUUUUGAUAUUUUGGAGAAAAAUGCAGAGGACAGACCAGAUGGAGUUCCUCUGGUUACAGUCUGCAACCAUUCAUCAUGUCUUGAUGAUCCUUGUUUGUGGGGUCUUAUGAAAAUGAGAAGUGUCCUAAACACACGGAAAAAGGUCAGAUGGACUCUUAGUGCUCGUGAGCUGCUGUUUUCAACACCUUUUCGUUCGUCAUUUUUCAGCAGGGCUAAGUUGGCGAGAGUGUUUAUAUAUCAUUCAUCUAUCAUGUCCCAGGUUAAAAACAACAUAUUCUGUAACUCGAGAACUGUAACAAAAAGCUCUGAUAGUCUUAAUGUUCAAUAUCACGUCCAGAUGAGAAAAAAGACUUUAUCUUUGAUUCUUCUUUUGUCAGGAAUGGAUGACGUCUUACCUAACCAUAGCCCUUACAUUCCAAGAAUAAUGAAGAGAGUAACGGUGCUUAUAGGAGAACCAAUGGAAUUCACCGAAACUGUAGAGGAAUACCGGAAAGCAAAGAAAAAUGCUAUGGAGACACGGAAACAUAUCACUGAUCUGAUUCAAGAGCGAUUCAAGGAGCUUAAGAUGGAAACACAGCUUCUGCACAGUAAAUGGAGAUGAUGAUUCACUCAAGCUGUUUAUUGGAUUGCUGUUGGACGGUUAAUUUAUAUAAAAUUAAAUUGUUAACGUAAACCUGGUGUGUAUUGCACCAGGUUCAAGGAGCUAAAGGUGGAAACACAGCUUCCACACAGUAACUGGAGAUAACCCAUAAGCCAGUGUUGAUAAAUUAAAAUUCUAACAUGGCUCCGAAGCUUAGGGCAGAAACACAAAAGAUGAAGUUGAGGUAGAAUUUCUUUUACUUUAGUCCCCAAGGCCUCGGCGCCACGUUAACCUCCUUCUAAGGUGGAAGCACAGCUCUUGCACAGGGAAUUGAGAUAAUGAUUCACUCAAGUUGUUUAGUUUAUUGGAAUGCUAUUAGACGCUUAAUUUACGAAAUUGUUUCAUGACGCUAUGUGUGUUGCACGACAUCCUUAGAUUCAAGAAGUUAAGGUGGAAACACAGCUUCUACACAUAACAAUAGGCUAAUUUUCUAACAUUGCUCCGAGGCUUAGGGAGCAAAACAGAAGAUAACAUUAAGAUAUAGGCAGGAAUAAAGAAUUUCCUUUUUUUAGUCCUCUAAGCCUUGACCCCACGUUAACCUCGUUCCCAGGAACGGUUACGCGCCGUUGCUAGAAUUUUACUUUAUCAGUCGUAAUUGGCCUAUUCACUCUAGCUGUUUAUUAGAAUGCGAUCGGACGCUUACGUGUAAUUUAUGAGAAUUUUGUACGUAAAGGUGACAUGGACUGCGCGACUUCUAGGAAAACUCUGUACACCUACGGUAAUAAAGACUGAAAUUAAAUGGUCUAGCUAUUCAAAGCAGGAGAAGGUAA